AUGCCGUGGACGACGAGAGAGGAAGAGAAGCUCAGAGAUAUCAUCGCCAGGCACGGAGCGAAGAGAUGGAACGCGAUCGCGACGAUGAUGAAUGAAAGCGGCGCGUGCGACGAGCCCAAGACGGCAAAGCAGUGUCGACGCAGGUACACGGGACACCUCACGAACGAAAUCAAGGAGCACGAGUGGACGAGGGAGGAAGACGACGCCUUACUGGAGGCACACGAGAGAUUGGGAAACAAGUGGACAGAGAUCGCGCGCAUCGUCGGUGGGAGAACCGAUAACGGGGCAAAGAAUCGGUACAAGGCGUUGGUUCAGAAGCUCGGCGCGAGCAAACGACGAAGGCGAGCGAGUGGGGCCAGGGCGACGACGACGGCGACGAAGGCGACGAAAGCAGAGCCCGCGGACGAGAUCGCGCGUGCGAAGGCGGCGACGGGAGGGAAGCGGAAGGCGACCCAGAAAGCGGAGGCAGUUGCCUCGCGCGGCGCGCGCGGUUCCAAAAGGAAAUCGACACUUGGAGAGAACGCGGCACGAUCGCGAGGCGAAGAAAGGAUAUCCCCAACGUUAUUCAUGAGAUCGCCCACGAGUAGCCCGGGCGCGUCGGAGCGCUUGACUGCGUGGAGACCGACACUUUCCAUCAACAUUCCGAGUCGCGACGUUGGGAGAGGAGGGAAGAGCGCGUUGCAGCCUUCGACGUCACUCAAGCCCGCGGCUUCGCUCAGCGGGAUUUUUCCCGCCGGGUAUUCAGUUGGAAAAACGCUCAGCCUUUCGUGCGCAGAGCUCGACUUGUUAAAGGAGGUCCAGGAGAUGAUAUCCCCGCGCGUCAUGGCUGCCAACUCUCCGGGCGGGAGUAAUGGAAGCGCCUUUGUGCGCUACGCCGAUGGCGCGUCUAGAGACUCAGAAGAAAAAUCGACGAACGGCUUGAAGCACGUCAUGAGUUGGCUGCUCUCAGCCACACCGGCGACGACGGUGCGAGAGGAGAACAUGGGUGAUGAUCGGAGCGCGGUUCCGACGUCGUCGAGACGAAGCGCGGACAACGUCUCAGUCUCGCUCGCACCAAACGAGGAUGGUAGCGAUGCCCUCGAGCGCGGGGCGACGCUCAAGCACUUUUUGAGUCUCAAGACUGAGGGAACGACCCCACGAUCGGCGAGCGCGCGUCCCGGGUCGGACCCUCUCGCUCGCCCGGUGUCGAUUCCGUCUUUCACCCAGAGCGAGUUGAAUUUGCUCCUCAACGCGCUCGGAGGAUCGACGCAAGCGAGCCCUCGAGCGGGAGCGACCGCGUCCAAGGUAGAGGUCGAACCGAUUCGUGCGACGAGACACCGUCGAACGCGCGCGUGA